AUGACAACAAAUGAAGGCCAGCAGAUUGCAACUGAUUGGCUUCAAAGAUCAAUAAACGUUUCCAAUUGGACGAAACGUUGGAAAAUCAAGAUUAACAGUGACAAAUCUGUACACGUAAAUUACACCUUGCGUAAAAUGUCUAUAAACCAAUAUUGCUAGAUCAGUGAAUCAUCCCACAGAGUGACUUGGCAAAAUAUUUAGAUGUGCACCUUGACACUUGACUCAACUGGAAAUACUAUGUUCGUCAGAAAAAAUUCCAAAUUAUGAAGAAAACUAUAUUAACUAGUCGAAAGACACUCAGAACUGGACCUCGCAAGCAAACAUCUAUUAUACCUAUGUAAUGAUAAUUAAACCAAUAAUUAUGGACUGGAAUUCAACUGUGGAGUUUGUGUCAACAAGUCCAAUAUUGAGAUUAUUCAACGUUGCCAGAACAUCGCUCUCCGUAUUAUUGUUGCAGCAUACCGGUAUGAUAGAAACGACAUUAUACAACGAGAUAUGAUCACCUCCAUCCAUGACAAGAUUACAAAGUUUGCCAGUAAACAUGAGAAAAGUUUGGGUAAACACACCAAUCCAGCAGCAAUUCAACUAGUCGACAUUUCUCAAGACAUUAGGCGUCUCUUACGCCAAAUACCAUAUGACUUAGUAUAA